AGCGGCAUGGAUUCGGAUUCCGGGGAGCAGAGCGAGGGCGAGAACGUGACUGCCGCAGGUCCCGAUGUUUUCAGUUCCAAGAGUCUUGCCCUUCAAGCCCAGAAGAAGAUCCUGAGCAAAAUAGCCAGCAAAACGGUGGCUAACAUGUUGAUUGAUGAUACCAGCAGCGAGAUCUUUGAUGAGCUCUACAAAGUCACCAAAGAAUACACCCACAACAAGAAAGAAGCACACAAGAUCAUGAAAGACUUAAUCAAGGUGGCGAUCAAAAUUGGGAUCCUCUACCGGAACAAUCAGUUCAACCAGGAGGAAGUUGUGGUUGUGGAGAAGUUCCGGAAAAAGCUGAACCAGACAGCCAUGACCAUGGUCAGCUUCUACGAGGUGGAAUACACCUUUGAUAGGAAUGUGCUUUCCAAGCUCCUGCAUGAGUGCAAGGAGCUGGUGCACGAACUGGUGCAGCGGCACCUGACACCCCGGACCCACGGGCGCAUCAACCAUGUCUUCAACCACUUUGCAGAUGUGGAGUUCCUCUCCACUCUCUAUAGUCUAGAUGGAGACUGUAGGCCCAACCUCAAGCGAAUUUGUGAAGGGAUUAAUAAAUUGCUAGAUGAGAAAGUCCUUUGAGUGGUCUCCCUCCUCCCAGACUUUGCUGAUUGAAAGUUACACUGCCCAUUGCCAUCUGAGUGAGAAUCAAGAAAACAAGAAACCCUUGUCAAAGAUGCCUACAUUCUGUCCUGUUCCAUCCCCUGAUGCUGAUGCUGGACUGAACUCGGGUGUGUUUAUUGCCUGAAUUAUCUGACACCUGUCCUACCGUCACCUGUAUUUGCAAGCCCAAGGGAUUGCAUUAUUUCCAACCAGAAAGGCUGCUUUGUUCAUCAGGUGAGCUCAGUUCAUCUCAUGGCAGGGGAAGGAAGCCUGGACUAGGAGCCUGAGGAUGGGACUUGCUUCCCAGCUCCAUUUUCCACAGCUCCAUGCCCUUUAUCCCAGGACCACAGGCUGUCUGCCUACCUCACAGGGCUGUUGUGAGGACUGCAGGAGAUGAUGUGUGUCCCUGCUUUGGAAAAUGAUGGUGGAAGGUUACUUAGUAUUUCCUCUUCUGAGUGUGAGAGGGAUAUACAUGGAUCUGAACUAUGAAGCAGCAUAGAAAAAAAAGGACAGUAGAAUCUACCAGGCUGAGUUGGCAACCUCUCUCUCAGUGUAUUGCUUCAUGAAAUACAACAUAAUCCAAAAGUGUGGGGGAAAAAGGUUUAAAUGCAAAUUAGAAGAGUUAUGUUUUUUAGGUUUUAGAGCAGGUUUAUGAUCCUGUGGAGGGAGGCUUCCAUGGCCACUGGGAGUUGCCCACCCAUCACACAGAAACAAGGAAGCACUGUGCCCCUCCUCCCCUAAGGGGCACCAUCCUCACAGGUUUGCACAGGGCAUGCACAGGGCAGUCAGGCUGAAAGAACCUUCAUCCAUAUUUCUUAGCCUUUCACAGUCAUUUUGUGCUGUUUUCUCUGGUUCAUUAAUAAAUUGAAACUAUGCCA